ACCUAUAGUCAAUCCAGCAUGGAAAAUCUAUUGGUAACAUCACACGAUCUCCAGGAGGUCUUCUGAAGGUUUUGAAAGAAUAUUUGGUUUUUUGCCGAUUUUUAGCUACAGUUUGUAUCAAUGUGAUGAUAAAGUACAAUAGCUAUUGUAAUAAUAAUUAGGAUUUAUCUCAUCAAGUAAGCAUCCGAGAGAACAAAAGUGUUCAGAAUUUAAUCCUAAACAAAAUGGAAUACCCCUAAAAUACCAUGAAUUUCUGAGAAACGCAUUAUUAGCGAGAAAAUGCUAUUUUUUUUGCUAAUUGGCACUUUUCAUCGUGAAGAAAGCAUGUGGCAAAUUUAGAUUCGCUAGAAAAAAUGUCAGAAAAUAACUUUCGCACACUUUAUCUGCUAGUAGCAACGUCGUACGAUGUGAUCUUCAAUGAACGACUGUUGUCGAAGUUUGCACUUCGACUUGAGUUUUUUCCGUUCGGGUGCAUCAUUGCGCUGCAUGCGCACUGCAAAAAAAAGAAAGUUGAGAACUAGAUUCGAACUCCUGUACUGUUUGCUUACGCUGAUAAAAUACCGGUUGAUACCGCUGGUACAAUGGGCCGGUAUACCGCGCGGUUCGGUAGACCGUGCGAUAAUUUCAGUUCCGCAGGUGGUAUACCGGGAAUGUAACAGACUGGUAUCGGAACGGUGACCGGGCGGUAUUUAACCGGUUUUGGUGACAUGGAUAGAAAUAUAAAAACUCACAGUAAUAAGCAUUCAGUUGUGAGAAAUCAAAUGUUAAAGUUUGAGCUUUUUUUGGAUUGGCAGUAAGAAAAAAUAAUUUUCUUCCAGAUGGUCCAAAACUUAGUGAUCACCCAUUAAUACUAUGAUCAUUUGUUCCCCUUUAGUUCAAUUCAUAUGUCAAAAUGCAACAAUUGUCGCUGGUGGUAAUGCCUAUGGUGCAUAUUUCGAUCAACUAUCCUAUCCUUAUCGCUUUUCAGUUGAUUUCAAUAAUAAUUUACACAUUGCUGACCUUUCGAACGAUCGUAUUUUGAAAUGGAAUGUUGGAGCUGCAACUGGUCAAAUUAUUGGUCCUAAUGGUGAUUCUGGGAAGGGAUCAAAUCAAUUGUGA